AACAAAAUAGCAACUAUCUGGCUAGGCGGCAACAAUAUUUUUUUCGAAAAGUUAUUAUGGUUAACUGAACAAAUAAUAGAUCUAGAUCUAUAACUAUAAAGAUUAAAUGUCUAUAGAAACAAGACUAGAUUGAUCUAGAUAUCUACUAUCUAGGAACACACGCUGGACGUAAUCAUCUUUUUUUAUUUUUGCAUAGAAGUUUCAUCACAUUGGAGAAAUGGAGUCAUCUCUAAUAAAUGAUGAUAACAUUCUACUUGAGGAAUUAGAGCUCAAAAAGCAGGACCUUUAUAAAGCUAAUCAAAACAUAGAGAUCCUAACAAGAAAUCUUCAGCACUUGGAGGAAGAGAACACAGAAUUGAAAACUGAAUUGGAUGAAUACAUUAAAAGAGCUGGAAAACAGAAUUGGAAAAAUGACGAGAUCGCUAAAUUUGAUGGAAUAAAUAGACAGAAGAUUACAGAUCUGCAACAUUGCCUGGAAGAAGCUCAAGCGUCGGAGAGACUUGCUGUGGAAGAAAAAAGGAAUCUAGAAAAGAAGCUGAAGCAGUUCUUAGAGACUGCCUCUUCUUGUGCGCCUGCUGCGUCAGGACAAGAUGAUGAGAUCAUUCAUGAGCUACACUCUAAGCUGUGCCUCCUGGAAGAAGAAAAGAUGUCCUUGAAAGAAAAGUUAGUGGAAGCUGCAUUAGAGCAUCAACAAAAUAUUAAUGAGCUAAAUGGGCUGCGUCAAGAGUUGAAAGAGAAAGAAGAAGAGAUUGACUGUUUAGAGAAUCAGUUUACCUCUCAGUGUAAUAUUAAUGAACACUUACGAGAUGAAAACAUGGAACUAAAAUCCAAAUUGGAAGCUGAUGUGCUGCAAGUUGGCACCAAUAAGAAAGGGAACUCUUUAUUUUCUGAGGUAGAUGAUAGAAGAGUUAUAGCUGAGACCAAAAUUGUCAAACUUGAGUCCUUUUUGAAAAAAUUGGAAGAGCAACUGACUAAGGAACAAAAAGAGAACAAAAGGCUAAAACAACAAAUUCUUUUAUUAAGGCAAACAGCCAGCACUGGGUACUCUGAGGACAGUGUCAAAGGUUUCAUGGCAGAACUAGCAGAAAGUAAACGAAAGAUUAUUCAGUUGACAGAAACAUUGCAGAAGAAAGAACUAGUGCGACAUGAACCAAGAGAGUUUCGGUUGCCUUCAUUGGACAGUACAAGUGACAGUGACAAGUUGUAUAUCAAGUAUUUACAAGACAUCAUUCAGGACAAUAAGAAAGAAUUGGACUUAAAACUUCAGGAGCUCCAACAAAAAGACUUACAGCUGAGGAGAAGUGAAUUGCUUAUAGCUGAGGUCAAAAUGGAGAAGACAAGUCUGGUCCAUGAGAGAGAUAAAUUGAAGUCAAUGAAUGCUCAUUUAAAUGUCAGCUUGCAGGAACUGCAGAGGAAACAUGAACCAGAAUUGUUUAACCCUCCUUCUUUGGACAAAGUGAAAAUUAUUCAAGAGGAACCCAAAAUGCUGAGUAUAUGUAACAGUAUGGACAACAUGGGGAGUAACUUUCAGAAAACUGGAAUCUUGAAAGACAUUGACCUUUGUAAGGGAGAAAACAAAGAAAAUGUAAAAGACCAUGAACCUGGGAAAAGUUUUCCUGAUGUAAACAAGAGUUCUCUUUCUUGUGCUCCCAUCAAUCCCAGUUUGCCCCACACACAACCGAAUGUGAAAUUUAAGACUGUUACUUAUCAAGAAGUGGAGGCGCCAUCUGAAUGCAAACAGCAAUAAAUGAUUGAUCGAAUAUUUUAUUUAUUAAAUGUUUGGUUUUUUGCAAUGAAUAUAUUAUUAAAACAGACGAUAAAGCCCAAAAUGUUUUGAUUUAUUUGUGAUUGUAGCACAGCUGAAAUUGUCAGUGUCCCUAAACGGGAACAUUAUUUUUAGCUUCUUUCCCAGUCAUUUUCAAGAUUAGAUC